AUGAAUGUCGAGUUGUUCAACACGAUUUUGAUUUCAUUCCUAAGUUUAACUCAAGGAAUUGUCAAUCAGGAAAACUUCGAUUCAGAUCAAGAUGACUCUGAUUUCGAUUACCAAGAAAAUACAUUUGAAAAUUGGAAGACAAGAUUCCGAAGAAAUUACUCGUCAAUAGCUGAAGAGAAUGCAGCAAAAAGAAAUCUCGAGAAGGCUCGAAUAGAAAUUCUGAUCCAUAACUUCAGAUAUAAUGCUGGAUUGGAAACAUACAAGACUGGACUUUGGGAAAUGUCAGAUUUAUCUUAUGAAGAAAUGGUUCAAGACAUCACUGGGUCGAAAGUGAAUGAGUCUUACCUUUCUCUCCAAGGUCGUCGUAAGAAACUCAAAUCGGGACCUGACGAAAUUAACUGGGUCAGUCGAGGUCGAGUCAAUUCUGUUCAGAGUCAAGGGAGAUGUGGAUCUUGUUAUGCUUUUGCAGCAGUUGGCGUCAUCGAAGGUGUUCAUUUGAAAGCAGGAAUGAAGACAAGAUUAUCAGUUCAGCAAAUUGUAGAUUGUGAUCGUGGAGAUCCAUUGUUCGCAAUGAGAUAUGCAAAAUCAAAUGGACUAGCUAGAGCUUCGCAAUAUAAAUAUGAAUUAAGAAAGAAAAAGUGUAAAAGGAAUGUGAAGAAAUUGGAUGUUAAAAUAAGGUCAACGAAGAAAGAACAACUAAAUGGCAAUGAGAAGCGAUUGAAAGAUAUUGUCGCUAACUAUGGACCUGUAGCAGUAGCAAUAAAUGCAGCACCUUCUCUCACAAACUACCGAUCAGGUGUUUACUAUAAUCGAAGGUGCUCAAAAUCGAUUAAUCAUGCAGUUCUUCUUGUUGGUUAUGGACAUGAUAAGAAAUCGAAAUUGGAUUAUUGGUUAGUGAAAAACUCAUGGGGAUCAUCCUGGGGAGAAAAAGGCUACGUAAGAAUGGCGAGAAACAAAAGAUCGCAUUGUGGAAUAGCAAGUGAAGUGUUUUAUGCAACAUAA